AUGGCUCCUUCCGCCGUCUCGGUUGGCCCUGCUGAGAAUGGUCAUGCAGGUGGGCAGACCAUGCCUCCCGCUCUAUUGAAUGGGCAUGGAAAAGGAGUGGCAUCUGGAAAUGAUGCCAACACGAAUGGAAAUGGUUGUGGAAUUACAGCCAACACCCGUCUUCAAAACCCCUUAGCUAAUGGUUGCCCUUCAACUUCUCUCAACACAAACGGCAAAGAUGUGCCCGUACCAAUCGCUAUCAUUGGAAUGGGCUGUCGUUUACCUGGGGAUGUGAAAAGUCCUGAUGAAUUCUGGGAACUGUGCUCCCGAGCGAGGAGUGGCUGGUCUCCAAUUCCGAAGGAGAGAUUUAACCACGAAGCUUUUCACCACCCAAAUCCAGAUAAGCCGGGUUGUUAUAAUCCAAAAGGAGCACACUUCUUGACUGAAGAUGUUGGUCUGUUCGAUGCACCUUUCUUCAAUCUCACAGAGAAAGAGGCCAUCUCUUUGGACCCGCAACAACGUCUGCUACUUGAAUGUACAUAUGAAGCUCUAGAAAACAGUGGGAUACAAAAGAAGAGCAUUGAUGGAAAAAAUGUUGGCGUAUAUGUGGGCGGGUCCUUUGCCGAUUACGAACUGCGCAAUUGUAGAGAUACAGAUACUGCGCCCAUGUAUCAAGCGACGGGAUGUGCCCAGUCACUACUUGCUAAUCGACUCUCGUAUUAUUUUGGGUUGACGGGACCAUCUUUCACAUGCGACACAGCAUGCUCAUCUAGUUUGACAGCAUUGCACUUGGCUUUCCAAAGUCUCCAGAGCGGCGAGUCUAGCCAGGCAAUAGUUGCAAGUUGCCACCUAAAUCUACUACCUGACUAUUUCAUCAUCAUGUCCAUGCAAGGCCUAUUCUCAGACGAAGGUAAAUCGUACGCCUUUGAUCACCGCGGAAGUGGUUUCGGUAGAGGUGAAGGAGCUGGCUGCGUUAUCUUGAAACCUUUGGACGAAGCGAUCAAGGCAGGAGACUCAAUCCGAGCAUUAAUCCAUGGAACCGGGAUCAAUCAAGAUGGUAGAACGAAGGGAAUUACGAUGCCAAGUGGAGAGGCACAGGUCGCACUCAUGAAAGCUACCUACCGAAAAGCCGGGCUGGACCCAACUGAGGUUGGUUAUGUCGAAGCACACGGAACUGGGACCAAAAUCGGCGACCCGAUCGAAGCUACAGCAAUACACGAGGUUUUUGGAGAGGGACGUUCGAAGAAGCAGCCACUUUUCGUAGGCUCGGUGAAAUCAAAUAUCGGGCACCUUGAAGGGGCUUCCGGUAUCGUUUCAGUCAUCAAGACAGCUCUCCUGCUGGAAAAGGGGUUUAUCCUACCAAAUUGUGGAUUCGAGAAACCUAAUGCGAAAAUUCCACUUGAUGAGUGGGGAAUGAAAGUACCUACUUCUCAACGUCCUUGGCCGCGAGGAAAGAAAUAUGCAAGUAUCAAUAACUUCGGAUUUGGUGGUGGCAACGCACACGCGAUCCUAGGUCGUCCACCUGCCUUGCCGAAGCCAAAUAUCGCAGGAGUUAAUACUUCUCUGGCUACGGGCACAAAAGCACCCGCGAAACGUAUUUUUGUACUGUCAGCGAACGAUAGAGCGGCCCUAGCGAAGCAGAUGAAUGCGCUUACGGUUUAUUUAGAGCAACGUCCGGAGGUCUUUCAGAAUUCAUUGUUACCAAAUUUGGCGUAUACCCUUGGACAGCGACGCUCUGUGCUUGCAUACAAAAUUGCCGUCCCUGCUAGAUCAUCUGCAGAAUUGAUCCCUGUGUUAUCUAGAGGUAGUGCGACUCAGUUCCGUUCGCUGGCCGAGCCAAGGAUAGGAUAUGUUUUUACAGGCCAAGGAGCACAGUGGCAUGCUAUGGGUCAUGAACUGCUUGAUGCUUAUCCGGUCUUUGCGACUACGAUGGAACGAAUUGACCAUCAUCUGUCCAACUUGGGCGCUAGAUUCUCCCUUCUUGAUGAACUGUCGAAAGAUGCUCAGUCCUCAAGAGUAUCCGAUGCUGAAAUUAGUCAGCCAGCUUGUACGGCUGUGCAGCUAGCUUUGACAGACUUGCUCGAAUCAUGGGGCAUUAGACCUGCAGCUGUUGCCGGGCAUUCGAGCGGCGAGACCGGUGCAGCUUAUGCAGCCGGAUCACUUUCACUUGAAGCUUGCAUUGAGAUUGCUUACUUCAGAGGACAAUCGAUUGUGGAUCUCAAAAAGCAGUUUCCUGCUCUGAAAGGUGCCAUGGUGGCGAUUGGAGCUUCCGCAGAAGAAAUACGACCUAUGCUCAAGAUGCUGAAAACUGGCCGAGUCGCAGUGGCAUGUAUUAACAGUCCCUCUAGUAUUACAGCAUCUGGUGACGAAGAAGCGAUUACCGAAUUACAGGAAAUGGCCGAGAAGAAGCAAAUGUUCAAUCGAAAACUGCGGGUUGACACCGCAUAUCACUCCCAUCAUAUGCAAUUGGUGGCAGAGCAAUAUUACAAUACCAUUAAAGAAGUCGACCCUACAGGUGGGACAGAAGCGACAUUUCAUUCGUCACUACUUGGUCGCGAAGUCAACACCUCUGAAUUGGGACCUGAAUACUGGGUUAAGAAUCUUACCUCCACCGUCAGAUUUGCCGAAUCAGUACAAAGCAUGUGCCGGGCUGAUGAAAACUCUACUCUCGGUGUUGAUUUCAUCCUAGAGAUCGGUCCACAUGCUGCCUUGGAAGGACCAGUGAAACAAAUACUUAAAUCCAUCGGAGGAAAUGCAACAAAGCUUCCCUAUGGCGCUGUUCUGCAAAGAAACAAAAAUGCGGUAGAUACAACACUGGAGGCCGUGGCAACACUCUUCACGCAUGGCGCACCGGUCGAUCUCGGCGCUGUUAACUUCCCAUUUCCGGGUGUCAAGGCUCCAGUACUGCUAACUAAUCUGCCCAAAUAUUCUUGGAACCAUUCGAAGAAAUACUGGCAUGAGUCCAGGAUCGCUCAGAGCCAUGUUGACCGGCCAUUUCCCAGGAACGAUAUCGUGGGGACCCUUGCAAGCUAUUCAAACGCGCUGGAACCUACAUGGCGGAAUAUAAUCAGAGCAGACGAUCAGCCGUGGGUUAGACAUCAUAAGAUGCAGUCCAUGACUGUGUAUCCAAUGGCUGGUUAUAUUGCAAUGGCAAUCGAAGCAGCAAGCCAACGGGCAACAAUGCGGAACUUCGCUUUCGAAAACUAUGAAAUACGAGAAUUUACCGUCAGCCGUCCAUUAGUCAUUCAUGAAGGCGCUGAUGUGGAGGUCAACAUCACCCUACGGGCUCAUGCGGAGGGGACUCGCUCAUCGUCAGACACAUGGGAUGAAUUUCGCAUUUUCUCGUGGGCGCAAGAUCGGAGUUGGACAGAACAUUGUCGUGGACUUGUUUCCGCGAAAAGAGCUACUGAAAGCAAUCCGGUGAACGGCGCCCAGCAGCUUGCGCAAACCAAAUCUGAGAUUUUGAAGCGCAUGUCAUGUAUCUCGAUAGCUUCGACUACAGAUGUAAAACCUUCAGAUAUGUACGAAACACUGACAGCUGCUGGUGCUGGAUACGGAGAAACUUUCCAAGGCCUUGAAAACUGCCGAGCCAGCGACAAUCACGCAGUUGCCGAUCUCAUCGUACCAAAUACCGCGGCUGCGCUGCCACAUGGAUUCGAAUCCGAGAUCAUAAUCCAUCCCGCAUUCCUAGACCAGUUCAUUCAGAUCGUCUGGCCAAUAUUUGGCGCAGGACGUGGCGGUCUCGGUGUUCUUUACAUGCCUUCGUUUGUACAAAAUAUCAAGAUAUCUCGAGGAUUUGCUACAGAAGCUGGGGAUCGUAUGAGAGUGUAUGGGACUGGGAAACCUACACCUGAGCACCCUGCUCCUACGAAGCUUGAUCUUUUCGCAACAUCAAUGGGUGGCGAAGAGGCACUGAUCACCAUGGAAGGUUUGGUGAUGACUCCUGUGUUUGACGGUUCGAAUGAUGCUGGGGCGAUUGUGAAUCGCGAACUCUGCUACAAGUUAGAAUGGGAGCCUGUUCAAUCUCCUGUGGUGGAGAGGGCACUUGAAAAUGGCAAAACAGAGCAUGCGAGCUCAGAAAUGUCUACAGUUUAUCCUGAAGUUGCGAUCAUUUGCGACGAGGAAACUCAACAAGAUCUGUUAUUCAGUGUUCGAGAGCCACUCUUCCAGCUCACGGGUAAGACUCCAACAAUUGGAUCACUUUCUACAGUGGCAACAGAAGGCAAGAUAUGCAUCGUGCUAUCAGAGCUCGAAAAGCCUAUCUUGUCUAACAUGAAUUCGGAGAACUUUGGACGCGUGCAGAAAAUGAUAGCUUCUGCCGCUGGUAUAAUUUGGGCCGUCAAGGGCGCAUACACUGCAUCUCAAAAUCCAAAUGCCGAGAUGGUGGUUGGCAUGGCUCGCAGCAUCCGAUCGGAGACACUUCUCAAAUUUGUAACCCUGGAUUUUGGGACUUCGUUACAGCCUUCAAGCACUCUGGUUGCUGAGAAGAUAGUCGAGGUGUUUGAGAAAACAUUUUCCUCCGGUGCUUCGCUAAUUGGACUCGAUAUGGAAUACCAGGAACGAGAUGGCGAGCUUUUCGUCCCUCGCAUCGUCGACGAUGCAGAUAUGAACAAAUUUGUUCAUCAAGAAACCCACACAUCAUCUGCUCCAGACAUGCAAUCAUUUACUCAACCGGGAAGGGCACUAAAAAUUGCUAUCGAAACGCCUGGUGCUCUAGAUACACUGUAUUUCGUCGAUGAUCUCGCAGUUGGCUCACCACUUCCAGAUUACGAAGUGGAGAUUGAAGUCAAAGCUACGAGUAUGAACUUUAAGGACAUUAUGAUAUCUAUGGGGCAGCUAUCGAGCAAGUAUAUCGGCGUGGAAUGUUCUGGCAUAAUCAGUGCUGUUGGCAGUGAAGUCAUGAAUCUUGUCGUUGGAGAUCGAGUUUGCGCUAUGAGUGAGGGUGCAUAUUCUACAUAUACCAGGUGUCUCGGUACGAGUGUACACAAGAUUGCUGAUACCAUGACUUUCGAGGAUGCAUCAACGAUUCCAGUUAUCUUUUGCACGGCAUACUAUUCUCUUUUUGACCUCGGUCGUCUUGUCAAAGAUGAGACCGUCCUCAUUCAUGCAGCAGCAGGAGGAGUUGGUCAAGCCGCUAUCAUGUUCUGCAAAAUGGCGGGCGCUGAGAUCUUUGCCACAGUCGGUAGCGUUGGUAAGAAAAAGUUCUUGAUGACCCAAUACGGUAUUCCAGAAGAUCACAUCUUCUACAGCCGAGACACGUCUUUCGCUAAAUGCAUUAAAUGUGCAACAAAAGGGCAAGGCGUUGACCUCGUUCUCAACUCUCUCGCAGGUGAUGCACUACGCGAAACCUGGGACAGUUUGGCACAUUUCGGACGUUUCAUCGAGAUCGGAAAGCGCGAUAUUGUUGGUAAUUCUCGUCUCGAGAUGGCGAGAUUUGAACAUAAUGCCAUGUUUGCGAGUGUAGACUUGACAGUUGCUGCGGCGGAACGGCCGAAAAUCAUGAAGAGGCUUCUUUCGGAUGUCUUUGAUUUGAUGGAGAAGGGACAUGUGAAACCGAUCUCGCCAAUUACUGUUUUCCCUAUUUCUGAAGUUGAGUCGGCUUUCCGGACGUUGCAAGGAGGUAAGACUAUGGGUAAGAUUGUUGUCGUUCCUGGGAAGGAUGAUCAAGUUCCGGCAACUCCUUCAAAAAUACCCAAUGACUUACUUAAAGCGGACGCAACGUACGUUAUAAUUGGUGGUACUGGUGGCCUCGGUCGCAGCAUGAGCAGAUGGGCGAUGCGGAAAGGAGCUCGAAAUAUCGUCCUUUUGUCACGCAGUGGUAAAGGUACAGGUAAGGUCGCAGAACUGGUGGAUGAAGCUACCACUCUCGGUGCGACGAUCACCGUUUUCCCUUGCGACGUCAGCGAUAAAGCACAAGUCGACAAGCUUGUAUCAGAGGAUCUCUCUUCACAUCCACCCAUUCGCGGCGUCAUCCAUGGAGCGAUGGUUCUCGACGAUGUUCUGUUCGAAAAGAUGACCUUCUCGCAAUGGGACGAGGUAGUUAAACCUAAAGUCACAGGAGCUUGGAACUUCCACAAUGCUCUACUCGAGAUCCCUCUCGACUUCUUUAUCGCCCUUUCGUCUGCCGCUGGUGCAGUCGGCAAUCGUGGCCAAGCUGCUUACGCGGCUGCAAAUACGUUCCUCAACUCAUUCGUCCAAUAUCGGAAUAACCUAGGUCUUCCAGCUUCUAGCAUCGAUCUCACCGCCGUAAGCGAUAUUGGCUAUCUCGCUGAGAAUGCCGCGAAGCAAGCACAAGUCGCUGAGAACCUCGGCAGUGAGACUAUCGCGGAGAGUGAAGUUCUCGCUCUAAUCGCAGCUGCUAUCACAGGACGCAUGGAAGCUAACUGCAACAACCACUGCAUCACCGGACUAAAAAUCGGUUCCCAAAUAGACGAUCUCUUCUGGGUCGACGACGCCAAAUUCACCCACCUCAAAACCUCAGCCCUCCUAGCACAAGCCCAACAAUCCUCCUCCUCACCCAAAACCAUCUCUCUCUCCUCCUCCUUAAAAUCCGCUCAAUCCCACGACCAAGCCCUAGAAACCGUCGUCGAAGCACUCCUCACGAAAGUUUCAGCCGUGCUAAUGGUUCCAAGAGAGGAGAUGGAUCCAUCCAAGCCGAUCGUGGUGUACGGAAUUGAUUCGCUUGUUGCGAUUGAGAUUCGCAAUUGGAUUACGAGGGAGCUGGAGGCGAGUUUGCAGGUGCUGGAGUUGUUGACUUCGAGUAGUGUGAGGGCGCUUGGGGAGAGGAUUUUAGGGAAGAGUAAGUUGGUUGAUGUUGCGAGGCUUGGGGUUGGCGGGGAGGUGGAGGGGGAGCAAGGGGAUGGGUUGGUGAGAGCUGGUUCGAUUGUUGUUGCUGAAGCGGUUGAAGAGGUCGUGCUCAACACACCAACAUUAAUUGACACCUCAAACAAGGGAGCAGUCACCUCAACUGUAAAUCCGGCAACGGAGCCACAGGACCUCCAGGCUAUUUCCAGACCUCCAGGCUAUUUCCAGCCACGAAACCAUUCUGGCCCAGACCGUGACGUUCAAAGGAAGCGACGUAAAGGUGUCGACAACAUCCAUCGGAUCAAGCACCCCGGCUUCUGCUUCCAACACUUCUUCGCCAAUCGAGGAAGUAUUACCGGUCGUGUCAUCUUAAACUGCGUGUUUGACAUUGAUUGA